GUUUGUCUGUCAGAUCUCCGUGCAGUGCGCUGCGAGGCAGACCUCCCUGCUUCACAUUGCGUCAGUGUUUUGGAGAGUAACCUGUCCGUCUGAGAAGCAUGAAAACUGGGAUUCAGCAGCUCACAGGACGAGUGAGCUGAAGGGCCAUCAGCAGGCGACCAUGUGCAGCUCGGUGAGCCCAAAGCAGCUCUGCGGUCCAGGGCUGACAGACAUGCAGCAGUACCACCAGUGGCUCUCCAGUCGACAUGAAGCCAGCCUGCUGCCCAUGAAGGAAGACCUUGCCCUGUGGCUCAGCAACAUUCUUGGUCUGGAAAUCACCGCUGAGAGCUUCAUGGAUCAUUAUCUGCGUGUUGUCUCUUCUUUGUGCUUUCAGAAGAAAAUCCCUAAUCGGAGGAUACCAUGCCGACAGAGCGCUCCCUCCGGUUCUUUCUUUGCUCGGGACAACACAGCCAACUUCCUGGCCUGGUGCCGUGAGGUCGGAGUGGGUGAAACAUGUCUCUUUGAGUCUGAGGACUUAGUUCUGCAUAAGCAGCCGCGAGAGGUGUGCCUCUGUCUACUAGAGUUGGGUCGGAUAGCAUCACGCUACAAUGUGGAGCCUCCAGGCCUUAUAAAACUGGAGAAAGAGAUUGAACAAGAAGAAAGGGCACCUCUACCUCCCCCAUCUCCCAUAUCCCCGGCUCCGCCUGUCCCCUCAUCCCCUUCUUCAUCCCCCUCCCCGUCUUCUUCACCGACACCAACUUCAACUCCAACUACGACCAAAGUCACUUCGUCCAAGAAGAGCGCAGGCAAGCUCCUGGAUGAUGCUGUGAGACAUAUCGCUAACGAGCCACCUUGCAGGUGUGCAAAUAAGUUCUGUGUGGAAAGACAUUCGCAGGGUCGAUACCGUGUUGGAGAGAAGAUGCUCUUUAUACGGAUGCUGCACAACAAGCAUGUGAUGGUGCGGGUCGGCGGAGGCUGGGAGACGUUCGAGAGCUACCUGCUGAAACACGACCCCUGCCGCAUGCUGCAGAUUUCCAGAGUGGAGGGAAAGAUAUCCCCCAUCAGCACCAAGUCCCCCAAUAUCAAAGACCUCGCCCCAGACAGCUACCUGGUGGUGGCGGCCCACUACCGCAGCAAGAAGUGAAGCCCCACAGCAGAGUGGUUCUGGUCACAAAGGGACAUGGUGUAUGUGUGACCUUUUUAUGUCCACGCAAAUAACGGGGCUUUGUUAUGCAAAGACGUGGAGGAAACACAGAGAGAACCGACUUGUAAAAUAAUGAUUUGUUAUUUGGGGGGCAAAAAAAAAAUAGAAAUCAUAGGUCGUAUAGUUUUCAAUUUAAUUUUGUGCUUUAUCUCAUUUUCUUUAGCUUAGGAAAACCUCAUACUUUAUUUUGUUCACAAUUACAGUGUAGUGGCUCAAACAGGAGUUUAGCAGGGAAGUUGUAGAAGUUUGUGACAUUUUGUUGAAAUCGUUAGUUAUACUUGAAGCAAGAGUAGGUUCUUUUCAGUGAGUAUUCAGAGGCAUCCUAUGUAAAUCUGAUAGUCUACAUGCAGAAGUACAUCCUUUUAAUGUAAACUAGAAAUGGAUUCAUCAGCACCUUUGUGAAACUAACAUUUUGUCAUGUAAUGCCGUUUUAACACAGUAGGCAGGAGAUAUUCCACAAGUAUCAAUAUUUUGAUGUUUCAAACUAAUUUUAACAAACAUAUUAGAAUAACAAAACUUUGCACUAUCCAAAGCUUUAGAUUGUGUGUCUUUGCAUAAUAGAAAAGAUUUCUCUAAAAUCCAACUCUUAAAAGAGCAAGUAUUUCUUUUAAUGGAUUUCUGAUUAGGUUAAAUGUAAGCAGUGCUUGCACUACAUGCAACAUUCCCACUUUAAGUUGAUCUAAUGUCUAAAUUGUGCCAUAAUCUUUAUUUCAACAAUAUAUUCUCUCACAGAACAGAACUAGAGGGUUUUUUGACUCUUGAAGCUACUUAUGUUUUUCUUUUUGCGUAGAGUUACUGACCUUUAGAGGUAGAACAGAGAUCAACAUGAAAACAAUCUUUGACUUUGGAGCCUCACAAUAACAGACAUGAUACCUGUAUCAAAGCUGAGCUCAUUGAUAUGUGUGACUUUUUAUGGAAUAUUAUGUUGGUUUUGUACUAAGAAUAUUGAUUAAAAACCACCAAGUUUCUUAGAAGUGAAAAUCCAAUUUUUUAAGUAAACUGUAAAUAAAGUCUCAUUGUUUGUGACAACCUUUUCUUAUUUCCAAAUAUCAAAAUCCUUGAAUGAGCUUUGUAAUUAAAACAUCUGUAAAUGUUCAUCUGAAGCCCUGGAGACACAAAGUCAGAAGUUGUCAUUAUGUGUUGUGAAGUAAAACCAAAAAUCAGCAUCUGGAGUCCAAACAUACGUAA